AUGUCACAAACAAAAUUGGUCGUAAAACAACGUGAAAUAUGGAAAUCAAAAUUUGACUUCUUUAUCUCUACCAUUGGAUUUAGUAUCGGUCUUGGAAACGUGUGGCGCUUUCCAUACUUAUGUUUUAAGAAUGGCGGUGGAGCAUUUUUAAUUCCAUAUUUCAUCAGUGCAUUGAUAUGUGGAGUCCCCCUAUUUUUUCUCGAAGCUUCACUUGGUCAAUGGAUGUCAGAAGGUGGAAUUGGAUGUUGGAAUAUUGUACCGUUAUUUCGAGGUUUGUUAGAAGAAUGGUUAAAAUAA